AUGUCGUCUUUUCAGAUGCAGAGUAACGAGAUGCUAGCCCGGCUCAAGCCGUUUGGCAUUUCGUUUGAGAAAUCAUUGAACGAUCUUAUCAAGGGUAUCCGAUCCCACUUCAAAGAAUCACCUGAGAGUCUCCGGGAUUUCUUGGACAAUGCCAUCGAGGAAUGCAAAAACGAAUUGACUACCACUGACCUCGAGGUGAAGGCAACGGCAGUGCUUAAAUUGGCCUACUUGGAGAUGUACGGCUUUGAUAUGAGCUGGUGUAAUUUUCAGAUCUUGGAAAUCAUGAGUUCCUCCAGGUUCCAGCAAAAGAGAAUUGGAUACCUUGCCGCAAUGCAGUCAUUCAAAAACGAAAAGGACUUACUCAUACUAGCGACGAAUCAAUUCAAGAAGGAUCUAAGUUCUCACAAUCAUAUCGAGAUCGGCCUCGCAUUGAGUGGUAUAGCUACCAUAGUUACACCAAACUUGGCCCAGGACAUUGUUGACGAUGUUUUGGUGAAGCUCACCCAUUCAAAGCCUUACAUUCGUAAGAAGGCCGUGUUGGCGCUUUUCAAGAUUUUCUUGCAGUACCCUGAAAGUCUACGGUCCAGCUUGCCCAGAGUGAUUGAGAAGCUAGACGACGAGGACAAUGCGGUGGUUAGCGCCACAAUCACUGUCAUUUGUGAAAUUUCCAAAAAGAACCCCAACAUAUUCAUUGCAUAUUUACCAAAAUUCUUCUCCAUACUUGGAGAGACUCAAAACAAUUGGCUCAUCAUUCGAAUUCUCAAGCUUUUCCAAAGUUUGCUGAAAGUUGAGCCCAGAAUGAAAAAGAGAAUUCUUCCGUCAAUCAUCACCCUUAUGUCAAAGACGGAUGCCACAUCGUUGGUCUAUGAAAGUAUCAGUUGCAUUGUAAACGGAGGAAUGCUAUCGCCAGACUCAUCGAAAGACAAGGAAAUUGCCAAAGAAUGUAUAACGCACUUGGUGUCUUUCUUCGUCAAGGGUGACGCAAAUUUGCGCUUUGUUGGUCUCAUAGCAUUAAUCAGCAUCUUGAAGAUUUAUCCAGAUUUCAUGCACAAGGUCAACGGAGUUUCCGGCUAUGUUAUGUCGAGUUUGGAAGUGAAAGAUACAAUUGUCAUGAAGAAAGCGCUAGAAGUCUGUCAGUUCCUUGUGACGGAAGACAAUAUCUUGGAACUCAUCAGAGUUUUACUCCUCCAAUUAGUGCCUGAUGAAUCUAGUGUGCAUAUUCUGGAAAACUUAAAACUUGAAAUCGUUUUUAAGAUCUUACAAAUUGCAUCUAAGGACAACUAUGCAAACAUUCCUAAUUUCAAUUGGUAUGUCACUGUCCUCAAGGAUGUCGUGAACAUGACACUUUUGCCUGUUGACACUGAAGGUUCCCCAAAUUCUGCUCCAGCUUUAUCAAAGAGAGCCUCUGACAUCAUUGCUCGUAAGCUAGGUGCCGAGUUCAAAAAUGUUGCUACCAAAGUGCCAUCCCUUCGUCCCUACUUAAUGAGAAAAGUCGUGUUCGAGUUUGUCACAGACAAGAGAGUGUUACAGUACAGCCCAUUACUUAUGAGAGACAUAUACUGGUUGAUGGGAGAAUACGUAAGUGAACUAGGCAUUACAGAUGACGAUUCUGAUGAGGAAGAUGAAGAGGCUCUGAACGCUGCAUUGGGUUAUAAGAUACAGAUGCUCAACACCAUAGUGAACAGUUACGUGGACAAGAAGCUAGCAGGGCCUUCUCAGUUUGUCAUCUCUGAUCUUUUGAUCAAACUACCCAACCCGGAGGUACAAAUCACCUUGAUACCAGCUUUAGUCAAGCUUUACAGCGAUUUGGUGACAGAAUACAGUAAUAAUUAUGCCCAACAGGGUAAAUUGCCACUGCAGCAUUACGGCCAACUAGCCUACUUCUUGUUUAAGAGUAUCAAGUUCUUAGAGAAUUUCGAGCAAAACGGCGAUUACGAGGUUCAGGAGAGAGCCUUGUCAUGGUUGGAGUUUUUGCGCAUAAGUAUGGAUGCAAUGGGUGGAGCUGAAUUGCCAUGGAUCAAGAAACUCGAGCUGGAUGAGAUUGCUUAUUACAAGACACAAGUUGCUAAAAGAGUUGCGGAUAAUGUCGAUUCUGACGAUGAGGAAGACGACACGUCGGACUCUGAUUCUGAAUCAUCAUCCGAGGAGACUGAAGAUGAAGAUGAAGAAGAUGAAGAAGAAUUAGAGGAAGAGGAAUCUCCAAAAUCCGAGGAAGAUCAAUCUCAAGUUGAAGCAGCCCAGGAUUUGCUCGAUUCUAGUGACCAGGAAAUUCCACACUUACUCACCUCGAUUUUGCCCUCAUUCUUCAAGGGCUACACCCUUAAUCCCGUGGCAGCUUCAGCACAAAAAAUGAUUGCAUUACCUGAAGAUCUUGAUCUUGAUAUUCCGAUCAACACACCUCCCAGCUAUUGUGUUAUCGAUGACGACCCUCUCGACAUGUUGUACAGUGAUGAAGAAUCAGAGGACGAUGCACCAUCUGAGAAAGAGGAUAACACGAAGAACGACGAGGAGGCCACACGCGAGCGGUUGGAGAGAAUGAAAGAUGAUCCCUUCUACAUCACCCCGAGCGAUAAAAAGGCCCGUAAACAGAAAUCUCAGCUUUUGCAAACGCCAUCUGAAAAGGCUGGAUCUGAGACACCUAGCGAGAAAAACUCUCUUGUUUCGUUAGAUGAACUCGCCAAGAGGGAAACAAAGAAGUCAAAGAAGAUGAAGAAGCAUAAGGUGACGGUGCUUAGUGAAGAAAGUCUCGGUGGAGAUGUUCCAAGCCAGCCAUCAGAGGAGGGUUCUGCGGAUUCGAAGAAGAAAAAGCUGAACAAGCUUUUGAUCAGUUCCUCAAAUCUUGACAACUUUGACAUAAAUUCCUCUCCGGUUGAAGUCGCAGAGGGUAAGGCAGAUGAGUAUGAUGUCGAUUUGGAUGCCUUGAGACAGCAACUUGCCGAGAAGGAGCAGAAGAGACAAGCCAAAGAGGCUAGAAAGAAAAAGAAGGCGAGUGGAAAGUCAAAGUCCAAGAAGAAAGCGAAGGAGCUGGAAGUCACGGACGAACAUUCACCAAAAAGAGAGGAGGCGAACCAGACAGAGGCUGCACAAGAGCCUAAAAAGUCCGAGACAAACGAGGUCAGCCUGACCAAUAAUGAAGUCAGCACAGACCAACAAGCAGUUGCGGUCAGCCUGAAGCCAAAGACAAAGAAGAAGAAAAAGAAGGCGGUGAUUUUAGAUUAG